AUGGGCUCCAAAGCGACGGGCUCGUCUAGAGCGGACUAUAAGGACAUUCCACCAGAGCUAUCUUUCGAAAGCAUCAUCAAGAACCAGACAGCGCCACCCUGCUCCUUGAACGACUAUACGGACUACCUCUUCCAUGUCGAGCACAAUGCUGAGCCUCUUCAGUUCUUUCUCUGGUACUGGGACUACAUCCAGCGCUGGGGUAACCUUUUGCCCCGGCAGAGGGCGCUCUCCCCACCAUGGGAUCCUGAACAGGCCGCCGAGCCGUCUUCUCGCUUCAUCCGAUACAGCCAUAAGCGAGAGCGCAGCCUACGGAUGAACAAGGUCCUCGCCAUAUUGGAGAUGGAGUCUCAGCGUGUGUUCUUAGACUCGAUCCAGCCGCAGGAGGACAUCCCCGGGACCAUGACAAUUACGUCUCCGCUCCCGCCCUCCAGCCCCCCUUCCACCGCCGGGAUCCUCAGCCCAACAAAUUCGAUAGCACCACCAGACUGGCAGCCUUUCACCAUCCAACCCAAUCGCAACGAAGUCUCUCGCAUCGCCCGCCUCUAUAUCUCACCCUCUGCUCCUCGUCGCCUACGCCUUUCUCAACGCGAUCGCGAGGCUUGUCUGCGCGCCGUCCAACACACCACCCACCCGUCCACUCUCCUAUCCGCAUUCAUGGCGGCCGAAGCCGCGCUGAGGGGGCCAAGCCCUAUACCAAACCCUCGUCGUUCUUGGUUUUCGUCGCUGUUUUCUCGUCUCAGCAUCUUCCGUAAAUCAUCAUCAUCUUCACACGAGCGCUUCGUCCGUUGGGUUCGGCGCAACGCUAACCCGUCGCGCCUGCGCUUCCUACGGCUUCUCGGCGCGCUGUUGGUUGUGUUGGGUACGGCUCUAGAUGCCGUGUUGAUCGUGUUAUCAUCCUCUUUAUCGUCAUCAUCAACCCCUUCUUCGUCUUCAGCGUUACACAGCCCCUAUCUCCGAGCUAUAUGUUUUCUUCUGUGGUGGCCCGGACUGACCGUGCUCAUGGCCGCGGGAAAUGGAGUCUGUCUGCUACUACGUGGGGCGGGUAGAAGACAAGUUCGUCCAUGGGAGAGUGAAGGGCCGGUUAUGGAGCCUCCUGGCCACGGGGAGGACGGCAAACAGAACCCCGAAGCCGGCGAGCACAAACGUACAGACACCACGAGCUCCACCACCAGUACCAUGAGCGCCGUUAGCCAGGCCAGUAGUACGGUGAGCUGGGACGACCCGUUGAGGAAACCCAGUCUGCAGACCUUUGGGCCGGCGAACGACUACACGGGCGAAGCGUCGUCAUGGGGAAAGAGGUACCAGGAGAAAGGCUUCAUGAAGCGGGUGUUUGACGAGACAGUGGUAGUUCAAAAUGGUGCCUUGAUGGCGUGGCAGGACAGGACAGUUUUGUUCGCGGCUUUAUGGGGAGCGGCUGGAGCAGCGGCACUGACGGCUGUGUCGUUGUUUAUACCGAAGGGCGGGUUGUUCUGA